CUCCAGCUCGAUCGACUACAUUCAACUCUUCUUGUUCCUCUUGUUAUUUAUGUAUGAACUGCUUCAAGUCACCCAACACUAAAUCUGAGGCUCAAUACCAACAACACAUUCGAGUCAAACCCAUUCUGUAUUUCCCUCUAAGUACUUGGAAGAUCCGUGUUACCACUCCAGCUAGAAUAGCAGCGACGUCAUCAUGCCACAAGAAAGAUCCAAUCCUCGCUGAGUUUACUAAUCUGAGCAAGAAAUACGGUCUAUCGUCAAACGAUGGGCGAGGGACGUAUGACCCAAACUCACUUGACAGGGGUUUCUCGGCCCUCUCUAUCGACGAAAUCGAACCCCAGGAAAAUCUGUUGAAUAAGGUGGUCCAUCGUUACUGUCUACCACAACUCAAGGAGCAAGUUCAGACCCUCUCAAGUGCGCUUGCCCCGUCCGAAUUCGCGAAACAGCCGGAGAUGAUGCGCCAGGUCAUCUUACAAACCCAGGCAGCAAUCGACAGGAUGCUCCAUCGAACCCAAGGCGUCCUCGGUGACAUCUGUCUACCUCCUACCGCACUGAUGUCCUCGUUAACUGAGCGAAUGGAUGACGGGGAAUUCAGAAGCGUAAAAGCUUAUAGGCUUGACCUUCUGAAACCCAAAUUCAAUGAAGAAGUACUCUACCACCUCAACCAACUCUUCACUCGGGGCCAUACACUCUUUCAACAUAUCCAACUCGCACCAAACAAUCUGAGACCCCAGGAGCUCGAUGCAUGCUCUCCGAGACAUAAAUUCCUCCAGGACGUAGACCGUGUCACUAGAGGCAUCGAAGCAACGAUCAGAAUCCUAGAAUGCUCAGAGCUCGAACUUGCCCAAGAGCAGUGGGUCUUCGAGCUCCCCAAGAUCGAUGAAAUGACGCACGAAAUCAUGGGCAUCAUCCAUCGCCAUCAAACCAGACAAAUCAAUACAGAGCCAGCUGCAAGGAACCCCGUCGACCCACCGGCCAUCCAACUCGCGAAACUUUCACUUCCAUUGAUCAAGAUCGUCAAGCUUUUCUUCACCAAGAUCUCCGUGAAUCGAGGCAUGAAUCGAAAACUGCUCCCGACGCUCAGCAAGAUGAGUUCGGGCCAUAUCCACUGCAUAGCUCAUUCGCCUGGCAAGAUCCAUGGAGACAUCAUCCAACUCCUCCUGCUCUUACAACCAGCGGCCGCUGAGAAUCGCUUCAACGCCGCUACUUGUCAGCAAUACAUCAAACUCAUCAAUCAAAUCAAAGCCGACAUAGAUACUCCUUCACUCCAUGUCGUCCAAUAUUGCCUGCCUUUGCUCACUAACACUCCUGAAUUCCAAGCGCGUGCUUAUUAUAUCAGGUGGUUUGAGACUUGGGAUACUCUCUUUGAUUUAGCUGUUCGUAACUGUAAACGUCGUGCUAAGAAGUUAGACCCCUCCCGACCCGUUAAUAAUUAGUUCGCCCUUUCCUUCUUCUUCACUUUUGAAGAAUUAAUAAUCGAUAUCUGUAAAAAAAAAAGUAAUCAACAUGAAUUCUUGGAUAAUUCAAUAUAAUAAA